GCGGCGUUUAUAGGAGAAGGACGUGUGACAGGAUACAUAAUAAAGAUUGAAGAUGGCAAAGAAAAUACAAUUUCCAUAUGAAAUAAAACAACUUACUCCGGCAGAAGAUGAACUGGCGAAGAAAUAUUAUAAAGACUAUACCCGGCCAUUUCUGAGGAUCGGACCCUCUGGGUACUUCGGUAUGGCGGGUCUCGGAGACCACAUCCAGGACAUAUACAACAUGGAGGUGCGCCCUGAUGAUGUGUGGGUCACUUCGUUCUCUAGAUCAGGCACAACCUGGUUACAAGAGCUGGUCUGGCUGGUUGCGAAUGACCUGGACUUUGACAGAGCAGUGAAGGAACCGCGGUCCGUCAGAUAUAACUACAUAGAAUACCCAACACAGAUUGCAGAAGUAAAGAGGGACGAACCCCCACGAGCCGGCGGUAGGAAGGCCACAGAGAAUGACUUCCGUGACGCCCAUGCGCUGCCGUCACCCAGGUUCAUCAAGUCGCAUCUGCCGCUAUGCCAUCUGCCGCCGCAGCUGCUGGAUACAGCCAAGGUGUUCUACAUAGCCCGGGAUCCGCGCGACGUGGCCGUCUCCUUCUUCUUCAUGCACAAAAUGUUCAGGUACUUCGACGAGGGUGUCCAGUUCACGGACUUCUGGCAACUCUUCAAGAAAGACUUGCUUCUUCAUACUCCCAUAUUCGCCCACAUAGAGGAGGCCUGGCAGAGGAGGAACCAUCCCAACCUCAUGUUCCUGUUCUACGAGGAAAUGCAGAAUGACCUCCUCGGAGUAAUAGACAGGGUCUGCAAAUUCCUGAACAAAGAUUACUCACAAGAACAGAAGAUGAAACUGGCUGAACAUUUGAGUUUCGACAGUAUGGCUUCCAGAGACACAAAUAAAGCUCAAAAUACUGAACUCAAGUUUUAUAGGAAAGGUAAAGCCGGAAAAUGGAUGGAAUACUUCGACACUCCAGAAUUAGUGCGAGACGCAAACGACUAUGUCGACAAACAUCUUAUGAACACCGAUCUACGUUUCCCUACUGUAGAAUAAAAUUACUUUUUGAAAGU